CCUAAAGCCCGAGCCUGGACUCCGACUACGUUAAUGUGAGAACGCGAAACGGAGCCCAACAAUUAAUUCUGGAAGUCAAGACUGCUUGAAACUUUAGACAAGUUUUCUCUUUUCUCGUGGCCUGGCCACCGAAGUCAGCCAGCCUGAAAGAGUUAACGAAAUCAUGGCUCGUGCAAUAUACUGCCUUCUUCUUCUAGCCGUGGUACUCGGGGCCAUCGAGGCUCACGUUACCUACAAACGGCGACCGACAUACUCGUUCUACACCAAAGACGGGAGCCACAAUCCGAUACUGAACCAUCCUGCUCACAGACGAGCUGCCCGAGCGGCCAUGCCGAUCCCUAGACGACCCACGGCAGCCCUGCCGGCUUCGACCAUUCCGCCUGCAAGUCAGGUCCCAUCCAUUGACGAGAACGGUUAUUGCCAGGCCUGGUCCCAGCAGCACUACCGUUCCUUCGACGGCAAGCUCUUCAGCUUCCAUGGGGCGUGUACCUAUACCCUGGUCACAGACUGCCUGGACUUUUCCUUCCAUAUCUACGUCGAGAAUGACCUUAAUUGUCAAGAACAGAAGGAAAACAAUACUUGCUCCAGGUCUGUCUUGAUCGACAACGGUAACCCCUCUGACAUGAUCUAUCUCCGACCCGGUGGUGUCGUCACCUACAAGGACGUGGAGCAGACCCUCCCAACCAAGGCAGGUGGAAUGGUCCUAGAGCGCAUCGCUCACUACACACUAGCAACCAGUGGACUGGGUUUCAGCAUCCUCUACGACGGAGGGGAAGCCAUCACGGUUUACGCCACCUCGGAUUCACUGAAGGGCAACACAUGUGGUCUCUGCGGAGUGUACGACGAAGAUCCAAGCAACGACUUCCGUACCCCCAGUGGCACCGUCGCUGAUGAUGCCUACAGCUUUGGUCUGUCCUGGAAGGGCAUGGACGAGAGAGAUCCUGCAUAUUGCCCGGAUGUACCAACUGUUCCACUCCGAUGCACACAAUACUCCAACUUCGAAUCGACAGCGGCAGAGACGAAAGCUCAAUUCGCCGAAUCCGAAUGCGCUCAACUACGUCAUGGCACCUUUAUGGCUUGCCACCAGGUUGUAGAUCCUGAGCCAUACAUCGUCGCCUGUGAGCAGGAUGUCUGUGCAUGCGAGAUGAAGGCUCAAGAAGAUAACACGACAGGGAAUGACUGCAAGUGUGCUGCCUUCACGGCCUAUACCCAGGAGUGUUCUCGACGAGGCUUCCAAGUCUCAUGGAGGGCCUACGACUUCUGUCCUUUCGACUGUCCCGCGGACAAGGUCUACGACCAGUGCGGAUCAGCCUGUACCCAGAGGGGCUGCAGCACCGCCAUAGCUGACUGCGAGACCGAUGAAACAGUUGGAUGCAUCGAGGGCUGUCACUGCCCAACAGGGACUUACCGAUCAUCAGCAGGCACAUGCGUCAGUGCUAACCAAUGCUACUGCUCAUGGCAAGGAACGGAGUACGAGCCAGGAAAACAGAUCUCAGAUGGAUGCAACGAAUGUGAAUGCGUUGAUGGAAAAUGGCAGUGCUCACAGAAUGACUGCGGAGGUAUGUGCCAGGUCAGUGGAUAUGGCCAUUACCAUACCUUUGACAACUAUGACUACGAUUUCGCUGGUACCUGCUCCUAUACUCUUGUCAAGGACUGUUGGAGCUUGAGCAGUAUCUACAUGGUGACCAUCGAAAAUGCCGCAUGCGGCAUGGAGGGCGCCUCCUGCGUCAAGGCGGUUGUUCUUGAAGAUGGAAUGAACGUUGUGCGCCUGCGCAGAGGUCAUCAAGUACUGAUCAAUGGGCAGGAAGUAACGGAGUUCCCCAAGACGAUUGGCAACAUAUUUGUGAACCAGCCAACUAAGCAUCAAACUGCUGCCGUUAUGGCUAAUGGCCUGACCAUCCUUUUCGAUGGCAACAACAGGGUAGCAGUGAUGGCCGAUGAAAGGCACCUCAAUGCCACUUGUGGUCUCUGUGGUACAUACAACAACAAUCAGCGUGACGACUUUUACACCGAAGCAGGUGACAUCGAAUCGAACCCAGCUUCAUUUGCGAACAAGUGGAAGCUUGGUUCAUCCUGUCCCGAUGCUAGUGACGAUCCAGGCGCUGACCCCUGUGACCUUUACUCCCAGAAGGCUCUCACUGCUGAGUCAGAAUGUAACCGACUCUACGUCGAUGAUGCCUUUGCUGCUUGCCGGAAUUAUGUUGACCCGGAAGUGUUUUAUGAUGCCUGCCGACGUGACGUUUGCAACUGUGAAACCGGGGACACCUGCAAAUGUGAGAUCUUUGCUAUGUAUGCUACCCAAUGUGCUCAGAAAGGUGUCAUCGUCAACUGGCGAUCAGAAACACCCGGAUGUGGGAUCGACUGCGAGGGCGGACUCGUAUACAGCGCUUGUCAUCCCAUGUGCGAAACAACAUGCAACGCCCUCUCAUCCAAUUCGGUCUGUGAUGAGACCUGCGUAGAAGGAUGCGCAUGUCCCGAUGGUUCCGUCAUGGCUCCACAUGGCGCAUGCGUGGCUCCUGAAAACUGCGGCUGUGUAGACCCUGAUUCCGGCGAGACCUAUGCCCCAGGGGAGAGAAUAGAGAAGGGAUGUGGUUUCUGCCUCUGCGACUCCGGAGCCUGGGCAUGCGAAGAGUUGGACUGCCCCAUGGAUGCUUGUCUCGCCAACCAGGUAUACGUCCCCUGCGUCAGCCCAUGCGUAAAGAGCUGCGCCAACAUGCACGAGUUCGAAUCUUGUUCAGCCGCCACGUGUUACGGUGGGUGCGAGUGUGCUGAGGACUCGGUCUGGAACGGAACGAGCUGCGUGCUGCCGACCAGCUGCCCCUGCCACCAUGGAGGUCAUAGCUACUCCGAAGGUUACAUCAUCCAAACUGAUGAAUGCCACUCUUGCACCUGUACAAACAGCAAAUGGGAAUGCCGCGAGAAAGACUGCAAUGGUGUGUGUACGGCAUGGGGAGACCCUCACUACAAGACAUUCGAUGGAAAAUUGUUCGACUUCCAAGGGGACUGCGACUAUGUUAUGGUGACUGACAGUGUCAGCCAGGCUUCAGGAAUCCCUUUCUUCCACAUCGUCGUCUCAAACAUUCCAUGCGGAACAUCCGCCGUUACCUGCACCAAAUCCAUUACUUUUAGUAUAGGAACGGGAAGCAACCAGGAAAAGUUGAUCCUUGUCCGGGGUAAACCGACUCCAGCCUCAGCCGGUUCAUUCCGAUUGACUGAAGUUGGAAACUACGUCUACGUGCACACAACCCACAGAAUAACACUGAUCUGGGAUCGAGGUACGUGGAUCCAGGUCAAACUUGAUCCCAUGUACAAAGAAAAGGUUGGAGGUCUGUGCGGUAACUUCAACGACCUGAUUAGCGACGACUUCUUAUCACCAGCUGGAGGUCUUCCAGAGACGUCCUCAAUCGAUUUUGGAAACAGUUGGAAGAUCCAUGACUACUGCCCUCGUCCGGAGCAUAUCAUCCACCCUUGCCUCUUUAACCCGUUCCGCCGGGCCUGGGCCAUGCGCCAGUGCAGUGUACUAAAAUCAGAUACGUUUGCAGCAUGCCAUAGUGAAGUCAGCUACCUACCCUACUACUCCCGGUGCAUCUUUGAUACCUGCGGCUGCGACUCCGGUGGCGAUUGCGAGUGUCUUUGUACUGCCAUCGCCGCGUACGCGCAGGAAUGUAACGCGCAAGGCGUUCACAUCCCUUGGAGAUCAAACGACUUCUGCCCAAUGCAAUGUGAUGAUUGUUCGGAGUACAAUCCCUGUAUCCCAGUCUGUGAUAUGUGCGGGCACGAGGAUCGAUGGGAUGAGAACGGAGAAUGCCCCGACACGUGUGUAGAGGGAUGUAAAUGCCCCGAUGGACAGUUCUACGACGGCGGCGAAUGCGUGGAUGCGUGUCCUACCACCACACCACCUACCACCUUACCAACUACCACCCGCUCAACCACACCAUGGGAUUAUUCAACCCCUCCAACUACACCUACAACUACAACCGAAACUACACCCUAUUGGGAUAUAUGGACUACUGAAGAGACAACCACUGAAGAGACAACCACUACACCUAAAACUACAACCAAAAUCUGGACUGACGAUUUUACUCCUACACCUAAGUUUACACCGCCACCUUACACACCGCCGUAUAACACAUGUUAUUGCCAUGGUUACGGCGAUCCCCAUUACACGGACUUUUACGGAAACGACUUCGACCAUCAGGGUAACUGUACAUACAUCCUCAGUCAGGAUACGUCACACAAUCCCCCGCUCUACACCGUGCUUAUCCAUAACGUCGAGUGCGAGCGAUUCCCAGGGACAACUUGCCCCAGAGAUCUCGAGAUUAUCUACAAUGGGACCAGUACUAUCCUCCAGUCCGAGUUCUACAUCGACGGUUCGCAUCUGGUAGUCAUCGACGGCGUGCAGUAUGUAGCACCUAUGGAGCUCCCGGCUUUCCGAGUCAUUUCUUUAGGAUUUUACCUCAUCUACCAAGCCCCGGCCAUCGGGCUCGAAGUCCGUUUCAUCCCGCUAGACAACCACUACUUCAGCGUGGAGGUACCCGAGGCUCUCUUCUAUAACUACACCGAGGGCCUGUGCGGUAACUGCGGAAAGAAUGAGACAACAUGUGAAGAAGAUAGUGAUUGCUGCGAUUUAGUUCCUCCUGAACAUAGGGAAGACUGUGGUUGUGACGAUACAACGACACCAUGUCCCCCUACCGAUUCAAGUCGGGAGUGGUGUCAACACAUCUACGAUCCCAUCUUUGACGAAUGCCAUGCCGUCAUCGAUCCCGCGCCAUACUUCCGAGACUGCCUCUAUGACGAAUGUUACGCCAAUGAUACGACGUGCUGGGCUUUCGAAGCCUACGCCACGAUGUGCGCCAACAAAGGAAUAUGCCUCGAGUGGAGACAUGAAGACUUCUGUCCUAUGGACUGUGUGGACCCCUUCGAGUACCGCCAAUGUGCUUGUCCGACUUUCGAGUUUCCUAGCUGCGAGAAGUUCAACCCUAGACAUAUGCCUUGUCGGACCGAGCCUGUCAAUGGAUGUUUCUGCCCAGAAGGCACUAUGCCUGUCAGCAAUGAUACCUGUGUACCAUGUCCUUCAACUACUCCACUUUACACAACAUCCGAGUUUUUCUCAACCACCCAAGAGCAAACAACACAUAUUACAACCCCCACUUCGGAGACUACUACUGAAGCAACAACCUCAAGCGCAACCACAACGAGUCCAACCACUUCACGGCUUACCACCACAACCUAUCCAACAACAACAACAUCAUAUACUACGACAGAAACGACAACUACAACAAUACCCACAACUACUUAUCAUACAACUACUGAAGGCUACACUACAUUACCUGAAACAACAAAAUCAGCUACGACUACUGAAGUAACAACAGAAACAACUACAACAAACCCUACGACGACUAUACCUACAACAUCCCCUACAACUACACCUCUUAUUACUACAGAAGGCUUAACCACAUUACCUGAAACAACAAAAGCAGCUACGACUUCUGAAACAACAACAAAAACAAAAACUACAACAAAUCCUACCACGACCAUACCGACAACUUUCCCCACAACGACCCCUCUUACUACAACAGAAAGCUUAUCUACGUUGCAUGAAACAACAGAGUCAGCUACUACUACUGAAACAACAACAGAAGCUAAAACUACAACAAACCCUACCACAACCAUACCAACAUCCCCCACAUCUAUCCCACAUACUACUAUUGAAGGCUCCACUACGAUGCCUGAAACAACAGAAUCAGCUACGACUGCUGAAACCACUACAGAAACAGUUACUACAACAAAUCCUAUCACCACCAUACCAACAACAUCUCCUACUACUACAACACCACCAACCACACCACCUACUUUACCGAUUACCACGACUGAAGUUUUAACAACACUGUCACAAACAUCAAAUGCAGCUACAACUGCUGAAGAAACUACAGAAGCUGUAACGACAAUCAGACCAACAACCACCAUAACAACCACAUCCCCCACAACGAUCCCUCUAAUUACUACAGAAGGCUCCACUACGAUGCCUGAAACAACAAAAUCAGCUACGACUGCUGAAGCCAUGACUACGCAAGCUGUAACGACAAUCAGACCAACAACCACCAUAACAACCACGGAGAAAAUUGUUACAACUGCUUCAGAAACAACUGAGGCGGAAACUACAGUAGUUUCUACAAAACCUAUUACAACUAUCUUUGAAACAACAACCGAAUCAAUAGAAACCACAACGGAAUUAUCCACUGCACCCACCACUGUCCAAACUACAACACUUCCGACCACGAUUCCCCCAGAGACUACUCCCUAUGAAACCACUGCUGAAAUCACAACAGAAACUAUUUCAGAAACAACCACAAAGCAACAAACCACGACCAUGAAAACCACCACAAUGUCAGAAAUAACCACUGAACAAGAAGAAACCACCACUGAAACUACAACUAGAGAGGAAACAACAGUUUCAGAUACUUUCUCAACAACUGUAUCUCCAACAACUGAGUCUGAAAUUACCACAUUACUUCCUACAACAUCGUCACAACCCACUUCUCACUUCGCACCAACAACACCAUUACAGACAAAAGAAAUUACUACCACACUUUUACCAUUCGAAACAACACCUAUGGAAACAACGACAGAGGGUUUAACGACAGAAACGACAACGACAUUGCAGACAACAUCUCAGACCACUCAGGAAGAGAUUACCGCAGAAGGAACAACUACAUCAGAGUCAGCAACUACCUCAGAAUCUAGAACCACACCAUCUUCACCAAUGGCAGAAACGACCACUGCUGGCUUUACAACGCGCGAAGAAACAACUACGGCAACUACAGAAGUACCGUAUACAAGUGAAGAAACAACUGCCGCAGCAACAACUGAUACUUCAUCAGAAACGACGGUCGUGACAACUGAAGCCACUCCAACUGUUCCUUCUACACCUUCUACACCUUCUACACCUGAGACAACUACGGAGGAAUGUGUUGAGAAGUAUGUCAAUUACUGCGUGUGGUAUGGCUGGAUUAACCAGAAUUCCGGUCUUCAAAUUGAGCAAGAUGGAGAUGAAGUGGAGCUACUAGAAGAUGCUAAGCACAUCCCAGGAUUCCCUGAUGAUUGUGCUUUCCCCAAAGACGUGGAAUGUCGAACGGCUGAUACACACAUCUUCUCCAAUGAGACUGAUGAUGAUGUGACAUGCGACAAGAGUACAGGUCUCCUAUGUAGAAACCAUCCUAAUAUGCCUCGUUGCCGUGAUUACGAAGUCAGGUACUUGUGUUGUGGUCGACACUACACAGUAACCUGUAGUACACCAGGUACAACACCUGAAACAACAACAGAAACGACAACAUCGGGAACGACUACAGAAUGUGUUGAGAAGUAUGUCAAUUACUGCGUGUGGUAUGGCUGGAUUAACCAGAAUUCCGGCCUUCAAAUUGAGCAAGAUGGAGAUGAAGUAGAGCUACUAGAAGAUGCUAAGCACAUCCCAGGAUUCCCUGAUGAUUGUGCUUUCCCCAAAGACGUGGAAUGUCGAACGGCUGAUACACACAUCUUCUCCAAUGAGACUGAUGAUGAUGUGACAUGCGACAAGAGUACAGGUCUCCUUUGUAGAAACCAUCCUAAUAUGCCUCGUUGCCGUGAUUACGAAGUCAGGUACUUGUGUUGUGGUCGACACUACACGGUAACCUGUAGUACACCAGGUACAACACCUGAAACAACAACAGAAACGACCACAGCUACAACAACAGGAACAACAACAGGUACAACAACGAGAAAAACAACAAGUCCACCACCUGACACAACAACAGAAACGACCACAGCUACAACAACGGGAACAACAACAGGUUCAACGACGAGAAAAACAACAAGUCCACCACCUGACACAACAACAGAAACGACCACAGCUACAACAACGGGAACAACAACAGGUACAACAACGAGAAAAACAACAAGUCCACCACCUGACACAACAACAGAAACGACCACAGCUACAACAACGGGAACAACACCGGAGACAACAUCGGGAACGACUACAGAAUGUGUUGAGAAGUACGUCAAUUACUGCGUGUGGUAUGGCUGGAUUAACCAGAAUUCCGGCCUUCAAAUUGAGCAAGAUGGAGAUGAAGUAGAGCUACUAGAAGAUGCUAAGCACAUCCCAGGAUUCCCUGAUGAUUGUGCUUUCCCCAAAGACGUGGAAUGUCGAACGGCUGAUACACACAUCUUCUCCAAUGAGACUGAUGAUGAUGUGACAUGCGACAAGAGUACAGGUCUCCUUUGUAGAAACCAUCCUAAUAUGCCUCGUUGCCCUGAUUACGAAGUCAGGUACUUGUGUUGUGGUCGACACUACACGGUAACCUGUAGUACACCAGGUACAACACCUGAAACAACAACAGAAACGACCACAGCUACAACAACGGGAACAACAACAGGUACAACAACGAGAAAAACAACAAGUCCACCAACUGAAACAACAACAGAAACGACCACAGCUACAACAACGGGAACAACAACAGGUUCAACGACGAGAAAAACAACAAGUCCACCACCUGACACAACAACAGAAACGACCACAGCUACAACAACGGGAACAACACCGGAGACAACAUCGGGAACGACUACAGAAUGUGUUGAGAAGUACGUCAAUUACUGCGUGUGGUAUGGCUGGAUUAACCAGAAUUCCGGCCUUCAAAUUGAGCAAGAUGGAGAUGAAGUAGAGCUACUAGAAGAUGCUAAGCACAUCCCAGGAUUCCCUGAUGAUUGUGCUUUCCCCAAAGACGUGGAAUGUCGAACGGCUGAUACACACAUCUUCUCCAAUGAGACUGAUGAUGAUGUGACAUGCGACAAGAGUACAGGUCUCCUUUGUAGAAACCAUCCUAAUAUGCCUCGUUGCCCUGAUUACGAAGUCAGGUACUUGUGUUGUGGUCGACACUACACGGUAACCUGUAGUACACCAGGUACAACACCUGAAACAACGACAGAAACGACCACAGCUACAACAACGGGAACAACAACAGGUACAACAACGAGAAAAACAACAAGUCCACCACCUGACACAACAACAGAAACGACAACAUCGGGAACGACUACAGAAUGUGUUGAGAAGUAUGUCAAUUACUGCGUGUGGUAUGGCUGGAUUAACCAGAAUUCCGGCCUUCAAAUUGAGCAAGAUGGAGAUGAAGUAGAGCUACUAGAAGAUGCUAAGCACAUCCCAGGAUUCCCUGAUGAUUGUGCUUUCCCCAAAGACGUGGAAUGUCGAACGGCUGAUACGCACAUCUUCUCCAAUGAGACUGAUGAUGAUGUGACAUGCGACAAGAGUACAGGUCUCCUAUGUAGAAACCAUCCUAAUAUGCCUCGUUGCCCUGAUUACGAAGUCAGGUACUUGUGUUGUGGUCGACACUACACGGUAACCUGUAGUACACCAGGUACAACACCUGAAACAACAACAGAAACGACCACAGCUACAACAACGGGAACAACAACAGGUACAACAACGAGAAAAACAACAAGUCCACCACUUGACACAACAACAGAAACGACAACAUCGGGAACGACUACAGAAUGUGUUGAGAAGUAUGUCAAUUACUGCGUGUGGUAUGGCUGGAUUAACCAGAAUUCCGGCCUUCAAAUUGAGCAAGAUGGAGAUGAAGUAGAGCUACUAGAAGAUGCUAAGCACAUCCCAGGAUUCCCUGAUGAUUGUGCUUUCCCCAAAGACGUGGAAUGUCGAACGGCUGAUACGCACAUCUUCUCCAAUGAGACUGAUGAUGAUGUGACAUGCGACAAGAGUACAGGUCUCCUAUGUAGAAACCAUCCUAAUAUGCCUCGUUGCCCUGAUUACGAAGUCAGGUACUUGUGUUGUGGUCGACACUACACGGUAACCUGUAGUACACCAGGUACAACACCUGAAACAACAACAGAAACGACCACAGCUACAACAACGGGAACAACAACAGGUACAACAACGAGAAAAACAACAAGUCCACCACUUGACACAACAACAGAAACGACCAUAGCUACAACAACGGGAACAGUAACAGGUUCAACGACGAGAAAAACAACAAGUCCACCACCUGACACAACAACAGAAACGACCACAGCUACAACAACGGGAACAACAACAGGUACAACAACGAGAAAAACAACAAGUCCACCACCUGACACAACAACAGAAACGACCACAGCUACAACAACGGGAACAACACCGGAGACAACAUCGGGAACGACUACAGAAUGUGUUGAAAAGUAUGUCAAUUACUGCGUGUGGUAUGGCUGGAUUAACCAGAAUUCCGGCCUUCAAAUUGAGCAAGAUGGAGAUGAAGUAGAGCUACUAGAAGAUGCUAAGCACAUCCCAGGAUUCCCUGAUGAUUGUGCUUUCCCCAAAGACGUGGAAUGUCGAACGGCUGAUACGCACAUCUUCUCCAAUGAGACUGAUGAUGAUGUGACAUGCGACAAGAGUACAGGUCUCCUAUGUAGAAACCAUCCUAAUAUGCCUCGUUGCCCUGAUUACGAAGUCAGGUACUUGUGUUGUGGUCGACACUACACGGUAACCUGUAGUACACCAGGUACAACACCUGAAACAACAACAGAAACGACCACAGCUACAACAACGGGAACAACAACAGGUACAACAACGAGAAAAACAACAAGUCCACCACUUGACACAACAACAGAAACGACCAUAGCUACAACAACGGGAACAGUAACAGGUUCAACGACGAGAAAAACAACAAGUCCACCACCUGACACAACAACAGAAACGACCACAGCUACAACAACGGGAACAACAACAGGUACAACAACGAGAAAAACAACAAGUCCACCACCUGACACAACAACAGAAACGACCACAGCUACAACAACGGGAACAACACCGGAGACAACAUCGGGAACGACUACAGAAUGUGUUGAAAAGUAUGUCAAUUACUGCGUGUGGUAUGGCUGGAUUAACCAGAAUUCCGGCCUUCAAAUUGAGCAAGAUGGAGAUGAAGUAGAGCUACUAGAAGAUGCUAAGCACAUCCCAGGAUUCCCUGAUGAUUGUGCUUUCCCCAAAGACGUGGAAUGUCGAACGGCUGAUACGCACAUCUUCUCCAAUGAGACUGAUGAUGAUGUGACAUGCGACAAGAGUACAGGUCUCCUAUGUAGAAACCAUCCUAAUAUGCCUCGUUGCCCUGAUUACGAAGUCAGGUACUUGUGUUGUGGUCGACACUACACGGUAACCUGUAGUACACCAGGUACAACACCUGAAACAACAACAGAAACGACCACAGCUACAACAACGGGAACAACAACAGGUACAACAACGAGAAAAACAACAAGUCCACCACUUGACACAACAACAGAAACGACCAUAGCUACAACAACGGGAACAACAACAGGUUCAACGACGAGAAAAACAACAAGUCCACCACCUGACACAACAACAGAAACGACCACAGCUACAACAACGGGAACAACAACAGGUACAACAACGAGAAAAACAACAAGUCCACCACCUGACACAACAACAGAAACGACCACAGCUACAACAACGGGAACAACACCGGAGACAACAUCGGGAACGACUACAGAAUGUGUUGAGAAGUAUGUCAAUUACUGCGUGUGGUAUGGCUGGAUUAACCAGAAUUCCGGUCUUCAAAUUGAGCAAGAUGGAGAUGAAGUAGAGCUACUAGAAGAUGCUAAGCACAUCCCAGGAUUCCCUGAUGAUUGUGCUUUCCCCAAAGACGUGGAAUGUCGAACGGCUGAUACACACAUCUUCUCCAAUGAGACUGAUGAUGAUGUGACAUGCGACAAGAGUACAGGUCUCCUUUGUAGAAACCAUCCUAAUAUGCCUCGUUGCCCUGAUUACGAAGUCAGGUACUUGUGUUGUGGUCGACACUACACGGUAACCUGUAGUACACCAGGUACAACACCUGAAACAACAACAGAAACGACCACAGCUACAACAACGGGAACAACAACAGGUUCAACGACGAGAAAAACAACAAGUCCACCACCUGACACAACAACAGAAACGACCACAGCUACAACAACGGGAACAACAACAGGUACAACAACGAGAAAAACAACAAGUCCACCACCUGACACAACAACAGAAACGACCACAGCUACAACAACGGGAACAACACCGGAGACAACAUCGGGAACGACUACAGAAUGUGUUGAGAAGUACGUCAAUUACUGCGUGUGGUAUGGCUGGAUUAACCAGAAUUCCGGCCUUCAAAUUGAGCAAGAUGGAGAUGAAGUAGAGCUACUAGAAGAUGCUAAGCACAUCCCAGGAUUCCCUGAUGAUUGUGCUUUCCCCAAAGACGUGGAAUGUCGAACGGCUGAUACGCACAUCUUCUCCAAUGAGACUGAUGAUGAUGUGACAUGCGACAAGAGUACAGGUCUCCUAUGUAGAAACCAUCCUAAUAUGCCUCGUUGCCCUGAUUACGAAGUCAGGUACUUGUGUUGUGGUCGACACUACACGGUAACCUGUAGUACACCAGGUACAACACCUGAAACAACAACAGAAACGACCACAGCUACAACAACGGGAACAACAACAGGUACAACAACGAGAAAAACAACAAGUCCACCACCUGACACAACAACAGAAACGACCACAGCUACAACAACGGGAACAACAACAGGUUCAACGACGAGAAAAACAACAAGUCCACCACCUGACACAACAACAGAAACGACCACAGCUACAACAACGGGAACAACAACAGGUACAACAACGAGAAAAACAACAAGUCCACCACCUGACACAACAACAGAAACGACCACAGCUACAACAACGGGAACAACACCGGAUACAACAUCGGGAACGACUACAGAAUGUGUUGAGAAGUACGUCAAUUACUGCGUGUGGUAUGGCUGGAUUAACCAGAAUUCCGGCCUUCAAAUUGAGCAAGAUGGAGAUGAAGUAGAGCUACUAGAAGAUGCUAAGCACAUCCCAGGAUUCCCUGAUGAUUGUGCUUUCCCCAAAGACGUGGAAUGUCGAACGGCUGAUACGCACACCUUCUCCAAUGAGACUGAUGAUGAUGUGACAUGCGACAAGAGUACAGGUCUCCUAUGUAGAAACCAUCCUAAUAUGCCUCGUUGCCCUGAUUACGAAGUCAGGUACUUGUGUUGUGGUCGACACUACACGGUAACCUGUAGUACACCAGGUACAACACCUGAAACAACAACAGAAACGACCACAGCUACAACAACGGGAACAACAACAGGUACAACAACGAGAAAAACAACAAGUCCACCACCUGACACAACAACAGAAACGACCACAGCUACAACAACGGGAACAACAACAGGUUCAACGACGAGAAAAACAACAAGUCCACCACCUGACACAACAACAGAAACGACCACAGCUACAACAACGGGAACAACAACAGGUACAACAACGAGAAAAACAACAAGUCCACCACCUGACACAACAACAGAAACGACCACAGCUACAACAACGGGAACAACACCGGAUACAACAUCGGGAACGACUACAGAAUGUGUUGAGAAGUACGUCAAUUACUGCGUGUGGUAUGGCUGGAUUAACCAGAAUUCCGGCCUUCAAAUUGAGCAAGAUGGAGAUGAAGUAGAGCUACUAGAAGAUGCUAAGCACAUCCCAGGAUUCCCUGAUGAUUGUGCUUUCCCCAAAGACGUGGAAUGUCGAACGGCUGAUACGCACACCUUCUCCAAUGAGACUGAUGAUGAUGUGACAUGCGACAAGAGUACAGGUCUCCUAUGUAGAAACCAUCCUAAUAUGCCUCGUUGCCCUGAUUACGAAGUCAGGUACUUGUGUUGUGGUCGACACUACACGGUAACCUGUAGUACACCAGGUACAACACCUGAAACAACAACAGAAACGACCACAGCUACAACAACGGGAACAACAACAGGUACAACAACGAGAAAAACAACAAGUCCACCACCUGACACAACAACAGAAACGACCACAGCUACAACAACGGGAACAACAACAGGUUCAACGACGAGAAAAACAACAAGUCCACCACCUGACACAACAACAGAAACGACCACAGCUACAACAACGGGAACAACAACAGGUACAACAACGAGAAAAACAACAAGUCCACCACCUGACACAACAACAGAAACGACCACAGCUACAACAACGGGAACAACACCGGAGACAACAUCGGGAACGACUACAGAAUGUGUUGAGAAGUACGUCAAUUACUGCGUGUGGUAUGGCUGGAUUAACCAGAAUUCCGGCCUUCAAAUUGAGCAAGAUGGAGAUGAAGUAGAGCUACUAGAAGAUGCUAAGCACAUCCCAGGAUUCCCUGAUGAUUGUGCUUUCCCCAAAGACGUGGAAUGUCGAACGGCUGAUACGCACAUCUUCUCCAAUGAGACUGAUGAUGAUGUGACAUGCGACAAGAGUACAGGUCUCCUAUGUAGAAACCAUCCUAAUAUGCCUCGUUGCCCUGAUUACGAAGUCAGGUACUUGUGUUGUGGUCGACACUACACGGUAACCUGUAGUACACCAGGUACAACACCUGAAACAACAACAGAAACGACCACAGCUACAACAACGGGAACAACAACAGGUACAACAACGAGAAAAACAACAAGUCCACCACCUGACACAACAACAGAAACGACCACAGCUACAACAACGGGAACAACAACAGGUUCAACGACGAGAAAAACAACAAGUCCACCACCUGACACAACAACAGAAACGACCACAGCUACAACAACGGGAACAACAACAGGUACAACAACGAGAAAAACAACAAGUCCACCACCUGACACAACAACAGAAACGACCACAGCUACAACAACGGGAACAACACCGGAGACAACAUCGGGAACGACUACAGAAUGUGUUGAGAAGUACGUCAAUUACUGCGUGUGGUAUGGCUGGAUUAACCAGAAUUCCGGCCUUCAAAUUGAGCAAGAUGGAGAUGAAGUAGAGCUACUAGAAGAUGCUAAGCACAUCCCAGGAUUCCCUGAUGAUUGUGCUUUCCCCAAAGACGUGGAAUGUCGAACGGCUGAUACGCACAUCUUCUCCAAUGAGACUGAUGAUGAUGUGACAUGCGACAAGAGUACAGGUCUCCUAUGUAGAAACCAUCCUAAUAUGCCUCGUUGCCCUGAUUACGAAGUCAGGUACUUGUGUUGUGGUCGACACUACACGGUAACCUGUAGUACACCAGGUACAACACCUGAAACAACAACAGAAACGACCACAGCUACAACAACGGGAACAACAACAGGUACAACAACGAGAAAAACAACAAGUCCACCACCUGACACAACAACAGAAACGACCACAGCUACAACAACGGGAACAACAACAGGUUCAACGACGAGAAAAACAACAAGUCCACCACCUGACACAACAACAGAAACGACCACAGCUACAACAACGGGAACAACAACAGGUACAACAACGAGAAAAACAACAAGUCCACCACCUGACACAACAACAGAAACGACCACAGCUACAACAACGGGAACAACACCGGAGACAACAUCGGGAACGACUACAGAAUGUGUUGAGAAGUACGUCAAUUACUGCGUGUGGUAUGGCUGGAUUAACCAGAAUUCCGGCCUUCAAAUUGAGCAAGAUGGAGAUGAAGUAGAGCUACUAGAAGAUGCUAAGCACAUCCCAGGAUUCCCUGAUGAUUGUGCUUUCCCCAAAGACGUGGAAUGUCGAACGGCUGAUACGCACACCUUCUCCAAUGAGACUGAUGAUGAUGUGACAUGCGACAAGAGUACAGGUCUCCUAUGUAGAAACCAUCCUAAUAUGCCUCGUUGCCCUGAUUACGAAGUCAGGUACUUGUGUUGUGGUCGACACUACACGGUAACCUGUAGUACACCAGGUACAACACCUGAAACAACAACAGAAACGACCACAGCUACAACAACGGGAACAACAACAGGUACAACAACGAGAAAAACAACAAGUCCACCACCUGACACAACAACAGAAACGACCACAGCUACAACAACGGGAACAACAACAGGUUCAACGACGAGAAAAACAACAAGUCCACCACCUGACACAACAACAGAAACGACCACAGCUACAACAACGGGAACAACAACAGGUACAACAACGAGAAAAACAACAAGUCCACCACCUGACACAACAACAGAAACGACCACAGCUACAACAACGGGAACAACACCGGAGACAACAUCGGGAACGACUACAGAAUGUGUUGAGAAGUACGUCAAUUACUGCGUGUGGUAUGGCUGGAUUAACCAGAAUUCCGGCCUUCAAAUUGAGCAAGAUGGAGAUGAAGUAGAGCUACUAGAAGAUGCUAAGCACAUCCCAGGAUUCCCUGAUGAUUGUGCUUUCCCCAAAGACGUGGAAUGUCGAACGGCUGAUACGCACAUCUUCUCCAAUGAGACUGAUGAUGAUGUGACAUGCGACAAGAGUACAGGUCUCCUAUGUAGAAACCAUCCUAAUAUGCCUCGUUGCCCUGAUUACGAAGUCAGGUACUUGUGUUGUGGUCGACACUACACGGUAACCUGUAGUACACCAGGUACAACACCUGAAACAACAACAGAAACGACCACAGCUACAACAACGGGAACAACAACAGGUACAACAACGAGAAAAACAACAAGUCCACCACCUGACACAACAACAGAAACGACCACAGCUACAACAACGGGAACAACAACAGGUUCAACAACGAGAAAAACAACAAGUCCACCAACUGAAACAACGACAGAAACGACCACAGCUACAACAACGGGAACAACAACAGGUUCAACGACGAGAAAAACAACAAGUCCACCACCUGACACAACAACAGAAACGACCACAUCUACAACAACGGGAACAACAACAGGUACAACAACGAGAAAAACAACAAGUCCACCACCUGACACAACAACAGAAACGACCACAGCUACAACAACGGGAACAACACCGGAGACAACAUCGGGAACGACUACAGAAUGUGUUGAGAAGUAUGUCAAUUACUGCGUGUGGUAUGGCUGGAUUAACCAGAAUUCCGGCCUUCAAAUUGAGCAAGAUGGAGAUGAAGUAGAGCUACUAGAAGAUGCUAAGCACAUCCCAGGAUUCCCUGAUGAUUGUGCUUUCCCCAAAGACGUGGAAUGUCGAACGGCUGAUACGCACAUCUUCUCCAAUGAGACUGAUGAUGAUGUGACAUGCGACAAGAGUACAGGUCUCCUAUGUAGAAACCAUCCUAAUAUGCCUCGUUGCCCUGAUUACGAAGUCAGGUACUUGUGUUGUGGUCGACACUACACGGUAACCUGUAGUACACCAGGUACAACACCUGAAACAACAACAGAAACGACCACAGCUACAACAACGGGAACAACAACAGGUACAACAACGAGAAAAACAACAAGUCCACCACUUGACACAACAACAGAAACGACCAUAGCUACAACAACGGGAACAACAACAGGUUCAACGACGAGAAAAACAACAAGUCCACCACCUGACACAACAACAGAAACGACCACAGCUACAACAACGGGAACAACAACAGGUACAACAACGAGAAAAACAACAAGUCCACCACCUGACACAACAACAGAAACGACCACAGCUACAACAACGGGAACAACACCGGAGACAACAUCGGGAACGACUACAGAAUGUGUUGAGAAGUACGUCAAUUACUGCGUGUGGUAUGGCUGGAUUAACCAGAAUUCCGGCCUUCAAAUUGAGCAAGAUGGAGAUGAAGUAGAGCUACUAGAAGAUGCUAAGCACAUCCCAGGAUUCCCUGAUGAUUGUGCUUUCCCCAAAGACGUGGAAUGUCGAACGGCUGAUACGCACAUCUUCUCCAAUGAGACUGAUGAUGAUGUGACAUGCGACAAGAGUACAGGUCUCCUAUGUAGAAACCAUCCUAAUAUGCCUCGUUGCCCUGAUUACGAAGUCAGGUACUUGUGUUGUGGUCGACACUACACGGUAACCUGUAGUACACCAGGUACAACACCUGAAACAACAACAGAAACGACCACAGCUACAACAACGGGAACAACAACAGGUUCAACGACGAGAAAAACAACAAGUCCACCACCUGACACAACAACAGAAACGACCACAGCUACAACAACGGGAACAACAACAGGUACAACAACGAGAAAAACAACAAGUCCACCACCUGACACAACAACAGAAACGACCACAGCUACAACAACGGGAACAACACCGGAGACAACAUCGGGAACGACUACAGAAUGUGUUGAGAAGUACGUCAAUUACUGCGUGUGGUAUGGCUGGAUUAACCAGAAUUCCGGCCUUCAAAUUGAGCAAGAUGGAGAUGAAGUAGAGCUACUAGAAGAUGCUAAGCACAUCCCAGGAUUCCCUGAUGAUUGUGCUUUCCCCAAAGACGUGGAAUGUCGAACGGCUGAUACGCACACCUUCUCCAAUGAGACUGAUGAUGAUGUGACAUGCGACAAGAGUACAGGUCUCCUAUGUAGAAACCAUCCUAAUAUGCCUCGUUGCCCUGAUUACGAAGUCAGGUACUUGUGUUGUGGUCGACACUACACGGUAACCUGUAGUACACCAGGUACAACACCUGAAACAACAACAGAAACGACCACAGCUACAACAACGGGAACAACAACAGGUACAACAACGAGAAAAACAACAAGUCCACCAACUGAAACAACAACAGAAACGACCACAGCUACAACAACAGGAACAACAACAGGUACAACAACGAGAAAAACAACAAGUCCACCACCUGACACAACAACACAAACGACCACAGCUACAACAACGGGAACAACACAGGAGACAACAUCGGGAACGACUACAGAAGAAUGUGUUGAGAAGUAUGUCAAUUACUGCGUGUGGUACGGAUGGAUCAACCAGAAUUCCGGUCUUCAAAUUGAGCAAGAUGGAGAUGAAGUAGAGCUACUUGAAGAUGCUAAGCACGUCCCUGGAUUCCCUGCUGAUUGUGCUUUCCCCAAAGACGUGGAAUGUCGAACGGCUGAUACGCACAUCUUCUCCAAUGAGACUGAUGAUGAUGUGACAUGCGACAAGAGUACAGGUCUCCUAUGUAGAAACCAUCCUAAUAUGCCUCGUUGCCCUGAUUACGAAGUCAGGUACUUGUGUUGUGGUCGACACUACACAGUAACCUGUAGUACACCAGGUACAACACCUGAAACAACACCAGGAACUACACCAGGUACAACACCAGGAACUACACCACGUACAACACCGGGAACUACACCAGGUACAACACCGGAAACAACAACAGGCACUACAACACGCAGCACUACACUACCUGAUCACACACCUUCAUCAUCACCAGGAACUACGCCAGGUACAACACCGGUUACAACACCUGAAACAACACCAGGUACAACUACUGAAGAAGUGUGCGUACCUCAGUGGUUCAACUAUUGCAUUUGGACUCCCUGGUAUGACGAUGAGUUCGGCACGGUAAAGUCGGCCUACGCCCCAGCUCAAGAAGUUGAACUUCUUGCAGACGCCCAGCACUUCCCAGACUUUCCCGACGGCUGCUCCAGACCGCGUGACAUCGAGUGCAUGACCGUAGACACAGAAGAGUUCUCGAACGAAACCGCGGACGCCUCUACCUGCGAUGUGAGUACGGGUCUGAGCUGUGCCAACCGACCGGGGACACCGCUAUGUGCUGACUACAAAGUGCGUUACUUCUGCUGCUCAAGACGAUACACAGUCACAUGCUCGACGCCCCAGCCACCCGAGACUACUACUGUAGUACAAACGACAACUCCUCAAUCCACAACCGAAGAAUGCCAUAUUGAAGAGAUCUGUGAAUGGACUGAGUGGUGCGACGACGAGGAGGGUGGCGGAAAAGUGACCCCUUUCGAUGUCGGCGAGUUCGAGAUCAAAGAAGACUGCAAAGAGAACUUCGAAAUCUGCGAGGCACCGAAGGACAUCGAGUGCGAGAUGACUGCUAACCCUCACCUCAGUGCCGCCAUCCUGAGUCAGGACGUCACCUGCGAUGUCGAUUAUGGGUUGGUCUGUCUCCACUCGGACACGCAGCCAAUAUGCCUCGAUUACCGUAUCAGGUUCCUUUGCUGUAGAAACGAAACAGUUGGGCCAAAUUGCCCGACAACCGAGCCACCAACAACUCCGCCUACGACGUUGUCGACGGUGAUUGACACAUCAUCACCCCCCACCAGCAAACCAACAACUGCUCCGACCACAGUCGCUUCAUCCACUACGGCCCCAGCCAGUGGUACAUGCGGCCCUGUAGCGAGACAAGAACCGACGACGAUCAGUUACAACAACUGUACCACAACUGAACCAGUCUUUAUGAUGGAAUGUUCUGGGAAGUGUUCAUCUUACUACGGUGUCGGCAAGAUCGUGGACGGUGUAAUGACGCCGGUGGAGUACUGUUCGUGUUGUAAGCCAUCGGAAAUGAGGGAAGACCAAAUCGAACUCUCCUGCCCCGACUUGUCGGCCUUGGUCAUCUCUGUACCCGUCAUCACCUCCUGUUCGUGUCACCAAGUCGAUUGCCAGAAUCUAUAAUAAGACUACCACCACCACGACCACAAAGUCAAUGUCGAUCUCGUCGUAACACACUGGUUCCUCUCAAAAGUAGUCUAUAAUCAUUGUCUUAUUUUUAAUUAAAUGUUAAAUAUCCAAAGUAUUAUUUAAGAAAAUCUAUUCUAAGAGUAGUGGUGAAGCUUGGGGAGGGCUCAAGGGGAAUUAAGUUCCCCACAUCGAAUCAACCUCCUCCCCCCCCCCCCCCAAAAAAGGGGGGGGCAGUAAAGAAUACGAAAUGAAGAAGGGAGAAAAGAUUGAUGAUGGGAUCCCUUCCCGCACCCUACCCUUUAUCCCUUUAUCAGUGGCUUUUUUAAUUCGCCAAAGUUAAGUUACCGAGUGAGGAACCAUGCUACAUCACUGCCAAUGGGUAUUGUUAGCGUUCCCGUAAAAUUACCCCUCAAUCUUUCGUGAUAAAAAACAAUGUCAAGCUAAGCAUUUCAUGGAAUAAGUCCAUAUUGUUGAAAAUGAGCAGUUAUUUCCCCUACCAUUGUGAGAAAAGAAUUCUCACUAAUAUGAUUAAAAAACACCUUUUUUUUUCGUUUUUCAAAUCAUUUUGCAAUUCUAUUCCUAUAAUAAACAGCAAUUCUGGAAAAAAAAUAUUUUAAAUGUCUGUAUUAAAUUCCAUUAUAAUUGCCUCUCUGGAUAAAAAUAAAAUUACAAAAGAAACAUGUGAUUUCAAGACAGGUUGCUGUUGUUACCAUGUGUUGCCCGACGAGGUUUUCUUUGACAUGACUUCUUCUGACCAUGACACUUGUUAGCGAUUCAUUCGCUUAGUCUGCUUAGUUACUGCUAGUUUUUAACUGACGUGAACACGUCUUGCUUGAUUCUUCUAUUUUUCGUGUUCAAUGAACAGUGAUUUUCUCUGGUUUUCCAGAUUUCUUCCAAUAUCAAAAGGACUAAUUCUUUAGAAAAAAAUAAUUAUACGCACCUUACUGGUGAUACCAUGGACAAAAGAAAAUCGAAUUCGAUAAUAAUUUUCAGAUUUGGUAUAUGUUUUUGAAACUAUAUAAGCUGCACACGCAAUCGCAUCCCAUUUGUACAGUGGUUCCGUGCUAUGAUCAGGAAACAAAAAAUGAGGUAUUUGUCGGCAGGUGGUCUUUUUGUAAAGGCACCUGAAAUAGAAACAAAAACAUUCGUGAAGCAGGUUUCACUGUAUUGGAAAUGAUGGUUGCAGAUUAUCAAUGCUUCAGAUAUUGUUACCAAAGACUUAUUUUAUCAAUGACAUAGGCUGAAAAAAAUUGAGUUUGAGUGUCUUAUGCUAUCUUCGUGUAAUAAUAAAAAACGUGCCUUAUGAAAUAUCAUAUUUAUUUAUGUAUCGUGUUUAACUAUUUAUUUUACCGGCUGAUUCCAAUAUGUCUCUUGGUGCAAUGGUUACAAAUUAAAAAGAAGCUCUUUUUAGUGCUACUAGAACUGCAAAA